GAUUAAUGAAAACAUGCAAUAAAAUCGAUAGUUAUCGAACAAAUUAUCGAAUGAUUUUAAAAUUCUAUUUCAAUUGAAAUUGGAUUCACAUUGUUGUUUUUGGAAACUUGUUUUAACUAAGAUAGACGAAUUAUUGUAGUAUACAAAAAAUUCUUGUAUUUAUUCUUGAAAGAAUGAAAAUUAAAUAAUGUUUUCUACAAAAAUAAACAUAUUGCCAGUAAAGAGUAUUUUAGGUUAUGCUAAUUUUAGUAUUAGCCAUUGCAAAUGGGAAACGAUAAUUAUUUGUUCAUACAAUGUACGAGCCUAUUAUAAAAAAAGCAAUCUGAAUAAGAUAUUUUAUAGUAAUAUAAAAUUUCGACCUAAAAAUGGUAUUGCCAUAUUAUUUGAUGAUAGACAAUUUUGUACAAGAAAUGAACCGAAGAAAGCGAAUAUUUUUGGUGAUAUUGGAUAUAGCAAAUAUAAUAGAGCCAAAAUGGACACGGAAGAGGAAAAGGAAGAAGAAUUUCAGGAUAAUAUAGCUAAAAAACCAGAAAAGAUAAAAGCUGCUUGGCGUCAGUAUGUUACAAAACUAAAUCAUCAUAUUGCAAAUGGAGAUUUGUCAUCUGCCUUAAACGUACUUUCAUUAAUUAAAGAAAAUCGUGAUAAACCUACUACUUUCAUGUAUAAUCUUCUUAUACGUGCUUAUUCCUUGCACGGAGAUGUGAAGCAAUGUUUCAGUCUUUAUAACAAAAUGAAGAAAGCACAAUUGAAACCCAAUGAUGCUACAUAUACCAGUUUAAUUAAUUCUUGUGCAGAAUUACAAAAUAAUUCUUUAGCUCUAGAAAAAUUAAAUGAAUUACGCCUUCACUUGCAUGAAACAGGAUUUCCAUUGAAUGAAACGCAUUACCAUGUAUUAAUAAAAGCUUAUAGUCGACAAAACUGUAUUGCUGAAGCUUUCCAAAUAGUGGAUGAAAUGAGAGAUAAACGAAUACGUAUAACUGAAGUAACGUAUAAUUCUUUAUUGAAUGCUGCAAUAUCUGAUAAGAAAGCUGGAAUGAGACAUGCCUUGAUCAUAUGGCAUCUCAUGCGCAAAUAUAAAAUAAAACCAAAUCUAAUAACAUACAAUCUAUUUUUUAGAGCUAUGAGAGAUACAAACUUUGGGAAAUGCAAAGUUAGUGAUGUAUUAAUGCCUCAAUUAAUGGAUAUUAAUUUAAUAAGUAAUACCAAAGCAAGCAGACCAAAUUUGCUAAGUACUCCUCCUAUUAUUGCUUCAUUACCCAUACCUAUAGUAAUAAAAAAUAAGGAUGUAGAAUGCGUAUUAUCACUUGAUACGCAAUUAGAUGAUAUUUUUAAAUAUAAUCGUUUUAUUUUAUUCGGCGGCUUGGAAAAUGUCUUACAAAUGAUGAAAAAAGACAAUGUCGUACCAAAUACAGUAACGGCUUCUUUAUUACUUGAUUUAAUUCCAAAUACAGCAUACAUUGAAGAUAUAUUUCUUCAUAAUAUGAAAAGUAGCAACAUUGAUUUAGAUAUCGAUUUUUAUAACAUGCUUAUUAAGAAAAGAAGUAUGAGGAGAGAAUACGGUUUAGCUAAGAAAGUCUUGGAAGAAAUUCAACGCAAGCACAUGUUGCCAAAUGUAAUGACAUUUGGUGUUUUAGCAUUAGGAUGUAAUAGAAUUAAAGAAGCGAAAGAAUUGCUAGAAGGAUUGGAAAUUGCUGGAUAUGUUCCAAAUGUAGUAAUUCUUGGAACACUUAUAUCUAAUGCAUGUAAUGCGCUUGAUACCAAAUAUGUAAUAGAAAUAAUGGUUUACAUGAUUGAUAACAAAAUUAAACCAAACGAUAAAAUUUAUAUAUUACUGGAUAAAUAUAAGGAAACAUUGUCACAAAUGUUACUAUCCAAGAAAAUUGCUUUCAAGAAACAUUUGGAACUGAAACAGGACUUCGAAAAAUUUACGGUAAAAUAUUUUAAAUUUAAAAGGAUGAAUGAUGAUGAUGAUAAUGAUAAUGCUGAUGAUAAUAUAAAUAAAAAACAUGUACAUAAUUAAAUAAAGUCAAAUUUUAUAGAUUA